GACCUGCGGCCUGCGUCAGUGUUUUGGCAAAGUGCGUACUUUCCCUUUGAGAACAACAAGCUGUGUGACAGAGCGGCUUCUUUGUGCCUAGGGACUUUCGGGCCAUGACCUAAAUUGACGUCAUUUCUACAAUAGUGUGUUGAGUGUUGAGGAGGUCAGUAAUGUGUUGUUGACAGGGAAGCUGAGUUGAGGUGGUGUACGUUCCUGUGUUCAGGCUCAGGGUGGUUGACUUGAUUUCCCAGAAGCUGAAAGAUGGUUUCUUUUGCAUGCAAGGCCUGUGUUGUGUUUCUGACAGUGUUUAUUUGUAAUACUGUAGCAGACAUCUAUCUUCAUGUACCCAGAGGAUCAAAUAACAGGUUGAACGAGAAGUCUGCCACAAGGAAAAACCCCAACAGACUCUUUGAUAGCCAGAAUAACAAUCGUGGAGGAUACAAUGUUGGUGAUGCGACAGAAUCUCCCUUUGGUACUGAUGAGGGGAAGCAAUACAGAAUGAAAUAUUUCCAGAGCGGGCCGUGGAAAACGUUGCGGCAGGCUAAAGGUCAGAGUUACUUGACCAUCGAGUGGACCAAUCAGCACGGAUGUGGCGGGAACGAAGACAGCAGCCCACAGAAGCAGAACUGUGCUCUGGUCAUGCAGUACAUGUGCCAGGAUGACGUGGACUCUCCAACAGGGAUCACGGACACGUUGAGGAAUGGGGUCAACACAAAGAAGCAGGAUUACACCAAGCCCAACCGGAACAACGCAGACAGUGACCGCUCUAACGCUGACGCCAAGUCCGACCGCGGCCUGCACGAGCCCUGGUCGUGGUACAACAAAUGCUAUCUCAGGGAGAGGAACAAAGGUUUGUUUGUCGCAGACCAGAAGCUGGAGUCCGACAAUGGCUUGGGCUACAGCAGCGCCAUCUACACGCGUCAGAACCCGAACGGCAACCGCUACGGCUACGAGUGUCCCGAGGAGAGGGAUUACUUCCCUUACUGGCACCCGACACCCUGGAAGGACAUCGCUGUUUUGGCAGAGAACGCGUCUAUGUGCGACCACUACACCAGGAAGAGCUUCAACGUUCAGCCGUAUGGCGAGUGUGUGGAAGACAAAGGCUGGUCCAGCUACAAUAACAAAGCUGCCUGUGAGAGCAAUGGAGGAACCUGGAAGCUGCUCUAUAACUAUCUGGAGAAAGCAACAGACAAGACCAACAAGGCUUCGUGCGAGAGGACGACCACCGGGGGCCUGACGUACAAGUGGGCUGUGCCGUACGACACCGACGAUUACCAGCCCGAGUGUCUGGUCCUGGCCGAUGCCCCGGAGUGUGCUGAGGCGCCGUGGUCACGAUCUAAUCAUUUGGGCAAUGGCAGAGAUGGAGUGCCCUUGAACUACACAUGGGUCCUGCCACAUUUUCCAUCGGGAAAUGCAAAGCGAUGUGUGUUCAGGUUUAGGUACAACAUUUCCACUGAUGACUACGACCCGUAUGGCACAGACCACACGCAGAACAAUGAAUUCCCACAGAAGUCCCCCAUCCAGCAAAACCCGUACGUUUACGUCAUGAGCAAGCAGUCGCCGUUACGUCUGGCAAUCAACACUGCUCAGUACGGCAGGAUUUUCCAGGACAGAAGUCACGUCUUCAAGCUCAUGCCCCGGCCAUCGGGACUGACGCAAGAUCGUAUUUUCAACGUGAACGUGCGAGGGAAGAGGGGGAACAUCGUUCAGGUGUAUCCGGCGGUGGAGUACGACUUUGCUCCCAACAACUUGGAGGUCAAGAAGGGAGAGAGAUGUAAUUUAUUGAUUCAUUUCCUUUGUCUCUCUCAUCGUGAUAUUUGUCCGUGUGUUCCAGGCUCUAACACUCACAACAACGGGAACCCAGCGGGAGACGGUCAGGCCGGCAGUGCUGGAGAAGGCAAAGCAGGGACAGACCGCAACAACAUGGUGGAGCUAAGUGACCGAGGGACAAACUUCCCGACUCCGUUUGAGAAGUCCAAGCUGUGGCAGGACGUCUCUGUGGCCUGGAUUUAUCACGGGAAGACAGACAUUUCUGCCAAAGACUUGGCCAUCAACUUGGCGUCCUCUGGCUAUUACAGAUGUGCCGAUGACCAGAGUUGUCCCGAGUCGGAGCACACGGAUUACCUGGUGUCCACGAAGACCAAGAUGAACAACCUGCUGGACAACGCGUCUCCGUCGUACGAGGGAGUCCUCCUCCGCUUCCAGAAGAAGGGCGUCUACAACUACAUGUGCUCGCGGAAUAAUAACUUCACUAACCGGAGUCAGAAGGCUGCUAUUAUUGUGAAAUAAGUUUUCAAAAAGGUGCUCAAGUUGGUUCCUCUGAAUUGGUUGUUUUUUUUUUUGUGUGUGUAUUUCAAUGACCUCACAUUGUCGUUUUCAUUGAGCUUUAAUCCUCCCCUAAAGAAUAAGACAUCGAAGAUUUUAAAAAAAGUCGCCUUGAAUAAAUUAUCAAAAGCCAGGUUGUGAUGAGUUUUAAGUUCCUGAAGUGGAAAAGUCAAUUUGUGAGGCAGCGUGGUGAAAUCAGGCGCUCGUCAAAAUAAAGAAACCUCCGGUUUUGACAUUUUUAUCGAAA